GCCCGGCUCCCGGUGGAGGAAGCUGACGACUCCUAGAGGUUCAGUGCGCCAGCCCGAAGUUGGGCCUGGAAAGGGGGCACCGCCUUCCCGGUUCUGGUGGAUGGGGAGUGAGGGGAAGGACAAAAGCGGCACAGGGAACAGCAUGACACGGGCCCGGGGCAGGGCGCAUUUGGAAAGGGGCGAGGAGAGGACAGUGGCCUCUGGCACGGCGGCAGUGGGCCUGGAGAGGCAGUCGGGCCCCGUCGCGAAGAGCCUCCGGCCGGCGUAAGGAGCCGGGAUUGUCUAGGAGGCAGUGGAGGCUCCGGAGAGCCAAGCGCCUCCCGCCCAGGCUCACGUGCUUGGAGUACCGGAGACUGCAGAGCAAGAGAGGGUCUUCAGAAGACCCACGACGUUCCACCGGGAUGCGGAGAGGAACGGUUAUUUGUACUUCUACAUCAUCUCUUUUGGAGAGGAUCUACUUGUUGUAAGAAGGAAGAGCCCAUACUGCAGCUGUACACUUUGCACACAUGAUGAAAAGCGUCACUUUUGCAGCAUUCCAGCUGGAGAUGCGUGACCUUCAGUCUGCGGCGGGCGGCAGGGCGAGAGACUUGGACAGGAGGUGCAUCUUGCCCAGGGAAGGCUGAACGAAUGAGAGCUCGGUCCCUGGUAAGAAAGAGCCCAGAGCAUGCGAGAGGCGGGCAGCAAAGGCUUCUCUGCAGCGGAGACGCGAGGGCGGCGACCUGCAGGGAGGCGGGGGCAGCGCCUGGGGCGCUCCAAACUCUCGACCCCAAGGAGGCCCACGCUCGGGAUCAGCGUGCUGCCACAGCCCCGGGGGCCUGGAGGGGCCCGUGCGCCGAGCGGAGGACCCGGGACAAGCGCGGGGCGCUGCGGGGAACGGAAGGGAACGCGCGUGGUCUCCCCACCGCGGGCCUUCCACGCCUCCUGACACGUAUUGCGGGCGCCCGGGUCCGGUCCUCAGUUGGCUCGAGCCGAAUCCCGGCGCGCCAACGGCUCUACCUUGCCCGCCACGAGGCGGGGCUUCCUGCCGGCAGGAAGGACUCGGCUGGCGCCUGCGGGCAACCGUAGAGCUGAAGGCGCCGCGGCCGGGCGGUCCAGCUCUCCGGGGCCGCCGAGCGCACUGUCCUGCCGCGGCCCAGAGCGUCACCGGAAGUGCCUGGGGGGCGGGCCAGAGUGGGGACUGCGGCGCUUCCGGCGCGCGGCGGGGCGGGGACCGUUGCGGGUGCAGUUCAGCUGCCCUGGAUGCCGCGGCCCCGGAUAUUCUUGCUCUGGCGUCGAUUCAGAAGGGUCAGGGAGCGGCCGAGGGGACGGGGCUGGCACCGCCGUCCUGGCCGGCGCGUCCCGCACUCCCCUUGCAGCGCAGGCCCCAGCCGCUCUCGGGCGCGGCGUGGAGGAGGCGGCCCUGCAGGUGCAUUCCCGGGAUCCCGACGCGGGCGGGGCUUCCGGGGGGCUGAGUCCCCCCCCCCCCGCGCGUCUUCAGGCCUUUGUAAGUUGUCAAAUUUCCCACCGGCCCAGCUCAUCAAGCCUCUUCCCAGCUGUGAACAGGAGAGCCUGUUACCUAAUUCUUGCCGCAGAAAUUGUUCUGACUGCUGGUGUUCUGCAAGGUGGAGCCAGGAGGAGAGCCCCCAGGGGCCAAGGAGAGCAGUACCCUGAUGGAGGCCCUUGCAGUUGUGAAGGCUGCUUUCCUGUCGCAGGCCCCAAGUGGCAGCGGAUCAGCCGAGGUGCAGGCAGCUCAGAGUAGGGAGCCUGCACCAGAGCCAGGCGCUCCCGAGGGAGAGGGCCACGGCGCGGGGCCUCCCCAGGCGCUGGGGUCUCUUGGCCUUUGUGAAAACGAGGAAGCCAGAGAGAGGCCCAGAGGUUCCCCUCGAGGUCCGGUCAUUUCUGAGAAAACUGGAGGACAGAGUGGCCGCGAGUCAGACGUCCCUCCGAACUUAGGCCCGGGAGCAGAGGGCAGGGGCGGCUGGAAGGGGCGGCCUUUCCCGUGCAGCGCCUGUGGCCGCAGCUUCAAAUGCUCCUCGGACGCGGCGAAGCACCGGAGCAUCCACUCCGGGGAGAAGCCGUACGAGUGCAGCGACUGCGGGAAGGCCUUCAUCCACAGCUCGCACGUGGUCCGACACCAGCGGGCGCACAGCGGGGAGCGGCCCUACGCGUGCGCCGAGUGCGGCAAGGCCUUCAGCCAGAGCUUCAACCUCCUGCGGCACCAGCGCGUGCACACGGGCGAGAAGCCCUACGCGUGCGCCGACUGUGGCAAGGCUUUCGGCCAGAGGGCGGACGCCGCCAAGCACCGCCGCACCCACACCGGGGAGAGGCUGUACGCGUGCGGCGAGUGCGGGAAGCGCUUCCUGCACAGCUCGAACGUGGUCCGGCACCGGCGGACCCACCACGGGGAGAACCCGUACGAGUGCCGGGAGUGCGGCCAGGCCUUCAGCCAGAGCUCCAACCUCCUCCAGCACCAGCGCGUGCACACGGGGGAGCGGCCCUUCGCCUGCCAGGACUGCGGCCGCGCCUUCAGCCGCAGCUCCUUCCUCCGCGAGCACCGCCGCAUCCACACCGGGGAGAAGCCCCACGAGUGCGGCCACUGCGGGCGCGCGUUCCGGGCGCUGUCGGGCUUCUUCCGGCACCAGCGGCUCCACACGGGCGAGAAGCCGUUCCGCUGCACCGAGUGUGGCCGCGCCUUUCGCCUGAGCUUCCACCUCAUCCAGCACCAGCGGGUGCACGGCGCCGAGUGAGCCGGGGCUGCUGCUGAAGAGAUGCCAGCGGCCUGGUGGGCGUAAGGCCGAGGCCGGGUGAGUCUUGUCCGCACCAUGCGCGGUGAGGAAGUAACAACCGGCUGCUCGCCUGGUUCUCGGGCUGCAAAAGCCUCGCCCAGCCCAGCCUGCAUCUGCCUUGGCUUGGGAGCAGUCAGGAGAGAGAGGGCUCGGCAAAGGUGAGCGCUGCCCAUGGGAGGCGAUUCCCAGAGGCGGGGAGGUCUCAGGGGUCUGUCCCGGGCCGGCCGGCCGCCCGCUGCUGAGACGCCUCCCCUCCCACUAUCAGCGGCAGCGAAGGUCUCAUCUCCUGCUAGGGUGUAGUGGCCGGUGAUUGGGUCAUUCCAACGCAGCCAGGCCUCCAUCAAAACCCUGCAUGAGACGAGGGGCAGAGGGUCUCGAGCUUCAGGUUGGCGAAGGCGGGGUGGGGGGGGCAGUUAGGAAGGGGGCCUCGCGCCCUCCCCCCGUACCUGGCAGGCAAGCAGUUCAUCCAUGCCUUUCAACGCCUUUUCACAGCUGGUUGCUAUGGUCCCGAGUUCUGUGUGCUUAGAAAAUUAUGGAACUUGUCCCGGCGCGGUGGCUUCUGCUUGUAAUCCCAGCACUUCGGGAGGCCGAGGCGGGCGGAUCACGCAGUCAAGAGAUCGAGACCAUCCUGACCAACAUGGUGAAACCCUGUCUCUACUAAAAAUACAAAAAUUAGCUGGGCGAGGUGGCGCGCGCCUGUAAUCCCAGCUACUCGGGAGCCUGGGGCAGAAGAAUCGCUUGAAGCCGGGAGGCGGAGGUUGCAGUGAGCCGAGAUUUCGCCACUGCACUCCAGCCUCGCGACAGAGGGAGACUCCAUCUCAAAAAACAAACAAAACAUUAUGGAACCUGAGAAAGGGGGUCGUGGGGACCCCAGGGCCCACUGUCUGCACUUGGCAUCUGAAGUGGGGGUGGUCUUGUGGGACUGACCCCUUAUUCUGUGGGUUCUGCACUAACUCCGGGCAGUUGGUGUCAGAAUCGAGUUAAAUCGAAGGACAUCUCCUUGGUGUCUGAGAGUUGGAGAGCUGGUUGGUAUGGAGGGAAGGCUCACAGCCACGUGAUUUCAGAAGCUUCUGUCGGUAGAGAAAUCGUUUUGUCUUUGAGACUGUUAUGAGUAUGUACAAAUGUUAUUUCCUGUAAAAUAUUUUCAUUCUUUAAAAUGUUAUUUCCGAGAUAGAAAAGUAGAAGUGUCUCUUUGGGGAACGUUUUUGGGUGCGUCAAGUAAAGCACUGUCAUCAUGAA